UUUUUCAUUUUUUUUGUUCCGUACAAAAUAAUAUUCGAGGAAGAGAAAAUGGGUCUAAGAGAUAUCGGGCACACGCUACCACCGGGUUUUAGGUUUUAUCCGAGCGACGAAGAACUCGUUUGCCAUUAUCUUUACAGAAAGGUUAUUGCAGCGGCUAAUGAAGAAGUUGUUCGAAAUACUUUAGUCGAAAUCGAUCUCCAUACAUGUGAGCCGUGGCAGCUCCCUGAUGUGGCGAAGCUGAAUUCAGAGCAGUGGUACUUCUUCAGCUUCCGAGAUCGGAAAUAUGCAACGGGGUGUAGGGCAAACAGAGCCACCACCUCCGGCUAUUGGAAGGCCACCGGAAAAGAUAGGGCGGUGGUGGACCCCACGAAUCGAGAGGCGAUUGUUGGGAUGAGAAAGACUUUGGUGUUCUACAAGAAUAGAGCACCAAAUGGCCUCAAAACCGGUUGGGUUAUGCACGAGUUUCGCCUCCAAAACUCUCACGUGCCGAUGCCUCCUUAUAAGGAAGACUGGGUGCUAUGUAGAGUAUUCCACAAAACCAGUAGUGGUGAAAAUAGCAACAAAUUACAAAUUAGCCCACGUAAUAAUAUAUAUGAUGAUUCCACCCCAAAUAUGGAUUAUUCUUCUUUACCUACAAUUAAUACCAACCAAAACACAAUUGCCACUUCAUCUCACCAUCAACAACAAUAUAAUGAAGAAGGACAAAACCCUAGGAGUAAUUCUUCCCUUGCCUUAUCGGAGGUCGACCCCGCGCGACACUUCAUUGAGACGACUAAAUGUGAGGACGGUAUUUACGGAUUCGAUACGAGUUUCUUCGACUAUACAAACGGAGUGCCCUCGAAUAGUAUUCUUGAUGCUAUGAGAUUUGAUUAUGAUAACUGCUCAGUAUUCAUAUGAAUUAAUCUUUUGCACAUUUAUUAAUUUUAUUCAUGAGUUGGUGUACUUGUGAAGGGUUAUUGUAAUUUGUGUGUUUAUGUUUGAGGUUUGAAUUUUUCAGAUUGUUCUAGGAGGUAUAGGUUUAGGGUUUGCAAUAAUUUGUAUUUUCA